UUGGAUUAUCCAAUCUCGGAAACUUAUGACGGCCCACUCGAAAAUACCACAAAAGCUUCGAAUAUUGAAGAUAUCCCACUGGCUCACCAAAUUUCAAAUUAUCCAACUGAAUUUGAGUAUGAAAAAUUGCCAGAGCAAACAAUAUCGAUUCAACAAGAAGAAGAAAAGAGAGAGGAGCCAAGCUUGAAAUCUAAAAUUACUGGAUUGUUCAAAAAGUCGCCAUCACAUUUGGAUUAUCCAAUCUCGGAAACUUAUGACGGCCCACUCGAAAAUACCACAAAAGCUUCGAAUAUUGAAGAUAUCCCACUGGCUCACCAAAUUUCAAAUUAUCCAACUGAAUUUGAGUAUGAAAAAUUGCCAGAACAAACAAUAUCGAUUCAACAAGAAGAAGAAAAGAGAGAGGAGCCAAGCUUGAAAUCUAAAAUUACUGGCCUCUUCAAAAAGUCGCCAUCACAUUUGGAUUAUCCAAUCUCGGAAACUUAUGACGGCCCACUCGAAAAUACCACAAAAGCUUCGAAUAUUGAAGACAUCCCAUUGGCUCACCAAAUUUCAAAUUAUCCAACUGAAUUUGAGUAUGAAAAAUUGCCAGAACAAACAAUAUCGAUUCAACAAGAAGAAGAAAAGAGAGAUGAACCAAGCUUGAAAUCUAAAAUUACUGGCCUCUUCAAAAAGUCGCCAUCACAUUUGGAUUAUCCAAUCUCGGAAACUUAUGACGGCCCACUCGAAAAUACCACAAAAGCUUCGAAUAUUGAAGAUAUCCCACUGGCUCACCAAAUUUCAAAUUAUCCAACUGAAUUUGAGUAUGAAAAAUUGCCAGAACAAACAAUUUCGAUUCAACAAGAAGAAGAAAAGAGAGAUGAACCAAGCUUGAAAUCUAAAAUUACUGGCCUCUUCAAAAAGUCGCCAUCACAUUUGGAUUAUCCAAUCUCGGAAACUUAUGACGGCCCACUCGAAAAUACCACAAAAGCUUCGAAUAUUGAAGACAUCCCAUUGGCUCACCAAAUUUCAAAUUAUCCAACUGAAUUUGAGUAUGAAAAAUUGCCAGAACAAACAAUAUCGAUUCAACAAGAAGAAGAAAAGAAAGAGGAGCCAAGCUUGAAAUCUAAAAUUACUGGCCUCUUCAAAAAGUCGCCAUCACAUUUGGAUUAUCCAAUCUCGGAAACUUAUGACGGCCCACUCGAAAAUACCACAAAAGCUUCGAAUAUUGAAGAUAUCCCAUUGGCUCAUCAAAUUUCAAAUUAUCCAACUGAAUUUGAGUAUGAAAAAUUGCCAGAACAAACAAUAUCGAUUCAACAAGAAGAAGAAAAGAGAGAUGAACCAAGCUUGAAAUCUAAAAUUACUGGCCUCUUCAAAAAGUCGCCAUCACAUUUGGAUUAUCCAAUCUCGGAAACUUAUGACGGCCCACUCGAAAAUACCACAAAAGCUUCGAAUAUUGAAGAUAUCCCACUGGCUCACCAAAUUUCAAAUUAUCCAACUGAAUUUGAGUAUGAAAAAUUGCCAGAACAAACAAUAUCGAUUCAACAAGAAGAAGAAAAGAGAGAUGAACCAAGCUUGAAAUCUAAAAUUACUGGCCUCUUCAAAAAGUCGCCAUCACAUUUGGAUUAUCCAAUCUCGGAAACUUAUGACGGCCCACUCGAAAAUACCACAAAAGCUUCGAAUAUUGAAGAUAUCCCACUGGCUCACCAAAUUUCAAAUUAUCCAACUGAAUUUGAGUAUGAAAAAUUGCCAGAACAAACAAUUUCGAUUCAACAAGAAGAAGAAAAGAGAGAUGAACCAAGCUUGAAAUCUAAAAUUACUGGCCUCUUCAAAAAGUCGCCAUCACAUUUGGAUUAUCCAAUCUCGGAAACUUAUGACGGCCCACUCGAAAAUACCACAAAAGCUUCGAAUAUUGAAGACAUCCCAUUGGCUCACCAAAUUUCAAAUUAUCCAACUGAAUUUGAGUAUGAAAAAUUGCCAGAACAAACAAUAUCGAUUCAACAAGAAGAAGAAAAGAAAGAGGAGCCAAGCUUGAAAUCUAAAAUUACUGGCCUCUUCAAAAAGUCGCCAUCACAUUUGGAUUAUCCAAUCUCGGAAACUUAUGACGGCCCACUCGAAAAUACCACAAAAGCUUCGAAUAUUGAAGAUAUCCCAUUGGCUCAUCAAAUUUCAAAUUAUCCAACUGAAUUUGAGUAUGAAAAAUUGCCAGAACAAACAAUAUCGAUUCAACAAGAAGAAGAAAAGAGAGAUGAACCAAGCUUGAAAUCUAAAAUUACUGGCCUCUUCAAAAAGUCGCCAUCACAUUUGGAUUAUCCAAUCUCGGAAACUUAUGACGGCCCACUCGAAAAUACCACAAAAGCUUCGAAUAUUGAAGAUAUCCCACUGGCUCACCAAAUUUCAAAUUAUCCAACUGAAUUUGAGUAUGAAAAAUUGCCAGAACAAACAAUAUCGAUUCAACAAGAAGAAGAAAAGAGAGAUGAACCAAGCUUGAAAUCUAAAAUUACUGGCCUCUUCAAAAAGUCGCCAUCACAUUUGGAUUAUCCAAUCUCGGAAACUUAUGACGGCCCACUCGAAAAUACCACAAAAGCUUCGAAUAUUGAAGAUAUCCCACUGGCUCACCAAAUUUCAAAUUAUCCAACUGAAUUUGAGUAUGAAAAAUUGCCAGAACAAACAAUAUCGAUUCAACCAGAAGAAGAAAAGAGAGAGGAGCCAAGCUUGAAAUCUAAAAUUACUGGAUUGUUCAAAAAGUCGCCAUCACAUUUGGAUUAUCCAAUCUCGGAAACUUAUGACGGCCCACUCGAAAAUACCACAAAAGCUUCGAAUAUUGAAGAUAUCCCACUGGCUCACCAAAUUUCAAAUUAUCCAACUGAAUUUGAGUAUGAAAAAUUGCCAGAACAAACAAUAUCGAUUCAACCAGAAGAAGAAAAGAGAGAUGAACCAAGCUUGAAAUCUAAAAUUACUGGCCUCUUCAAAAAGUCGCCAUCACAUUUGGAUUAUCCAAUCUCGGAAACUUAUGACGGCCCACUCGAAAAUACCACAAAAGCUUCGAAUAUUGAAGAUAUCCCACUGGCUCAUCAAAUUUCAAAUUAUCCAACUGAAUUUGAGUAUGAAAAAUUGCCAGAGCAAACAAUUUCGAUUCAACCAGAAGAAGAAAAGAGAGAUGAACCAAGCUUGAAAUCUAAAAUUACUGGAUUGUUCAAAAAGUCGCCAUCACAUUUGGAUUAUCCAAUCUCGGAAACUUAUGACGGCCCACUCGAAAAUACCACAAAAGCUUCGAAUAUUGAAGACAUCCCACUGGCUCACCAAAUUUCAAAUUAUCCAACUGAAUUUGAGUAUGAAAAAUUGCCAGAGCAAACAAUAUCGAUUCAACAAGAAGAAGAAAAGAGAGAUGAACCAAGCUUGAAAUCUAAAAUUACUGGCCUCUUCAAAAAGUCGCCAUCACAUUUGGAUUAUCCAAUCUCGGAAACUUAUGACGGCCCACUCGAAAAUACCACAAAAGCUUCGAAUAUUGAAGAUAUCCCACUGGCUCAUCAAAUUUCAAAUUAUCCAACUGAAUUUGAGUAUGAAAAAUUGCCAGAGCAAACAAUAUCGAUUCAACAAGAAGAAGAAAAGAGAGAUGAACCAAGCUUGAAAUCUAAAAUUACUGGAUUGUUCAAAAAGUCGCCAUCACAUUUGGAUUAUCCAAUCUCGGAAACUUAUGACGGCCCACUCGAAAAUACCACAAAAGCUUCGAAUAUUGAAGAUAUCCCAUUGGCUCAUCAAAUUUCAAAUUAUCCAACUGAAUUUGAGUAUGAAAAAUUGCCAGAGCAAACAAUAUCGAUUCAACAAGAAGAAGAAAAGAGAGAUGAACCAAGCUUGAAAUCUAAAAUUACUGGAUUGUUCAAAAAGUCGCCAUCACAUUUGGAUUAUCCAAUCUCGGAAACUUAUGACGGCCCACUCGAAAAUACCACAAAAGCUUCGAAUAUUGAAGACAUCCCACUGGCUCACCAAAUUUCAAAUUAUCCAACUGAAUUUGAGUAUGAAAAAUUGCCAGAGCAAACAAUAUCGAUUCAACAAGAAGAAGAAAAGAGAGAUGAACCAAGCUUGAAAUCUAAAAUUACUGGAUUGUUCAAAAAGUCGCCAUCACAUUUGGAUUAUCCAAUCUCGGAAACUUAUGACGGCCCACUCGAAAAUACCACAAAAGCUUCGAAUAUUGAAGACAUCCCACUGGCUCACCAAAUUUCAAAUUAUCCAACUGAAUUUGAGUAUGAAAAAUUGCCAGAGCAAACAAUUUCGAUUCAACCAGAAGAAGAAAAGAAAGAGGAGCCAAGCUUGAAAUCUAAAAUUACUGGAUUGUUCAAAAAGUCGCCAUCACAUUUGGAUUAUCCAAUCUCGGAAACUUAUGACGGCCCACUCGAAAAUACCACAAAAGCUUCGAAUAUUGAAGACAUCCCACUGGCUCAUCAAAUUUCAAAUUAUCCAACUGAAUUUGAGUAUGAAAAAUUGCCAGAGCAAACAAUUUCGAUUCAACCAGAAGAAGAAAAGAAAGAGGAGCCAAGCUUGAAAUCUAAAAUUACUGGAUUGUUCAAAAAGUCGCCAUCACAUUUGGAUUAUCCAAUCUCGGAAACUUAUGACGGCCCACUCGAAAAUACCACAAAAGCUUCGAAUAUUGAAGAUAUCCCACUGGCUCACCAAAUUUCAAAUUAUCCAACUGAAUUUGAGUAUGAAAAAUUGCCAGAACAAACAAUAUCGAUUCAACAAGAAGAAGAAAAGAGAGAUGAACCAAGCUUGAAAUCUAAAAUUACUGGAUUGUUCAAAAAGUCGCCAUCACAUUUGGAUUAUCCAAUCUCGGAAACUUAUGACGGCCCACUCGAAAAUACCACAAAAGCUUCGAAUAUUGAAGAUAUCCCACUGGCUCACCAAAUUUCAAAUUAUCCAACUGAAUUUGAGUAUGAAAAAUUGCCAGAACAAACAAUAUCGAUUCAACAAGAAGAAGAAAAGAGAGAUGAACCAAGCUUGAAAUCUAAAAUUACUGGGUUGUUUAAAAAGUCGCCAUCACAUUUGGAUUAUCCAAUCUCGGAAACUUAUGACGGCCCACUCGAAAAUACCACAAAAGCUUCGAAUAUUGAAGAUAUCCCACUGGCUCAUCAAAUUUCAAAUUAUCCAACUGAAUUUGAGUAUGAAAAAUUGCCAGAACAAACAAUAUCGAUUCAACAAGAAGAAGAAAAGAGAGAUGAACCAAGCUUGAAAUCUAAAAUUACUGGGUUGUUUAAAAAGUCGCCAUCACAUUUGGAUUAUCCAAUCUCGGAAACUUAUGACGGCCCACUCGAAAAUACCACAAAAGCUUCGAAUAUUGAAGAUAUCCCACUGGCUCACCAAAUUUCAAAUUAUCCAACUGAAUUUGAGUAUGAAAAAUUGCCAGAACAAACAAUAUCGAUUCAACAAGAAGAAGAAAAGAGAGAUGAACCAAGCUUGAAAUCUAAAAUUACUGGGUUGUUUAAAAAGUCGCCAUCACAUUUGGAUUAUCCAAUCUCGGAAACUUAUGACGGCCCACUCGAAAAUACCACAAAAGCUUCGAAUAUUGAAGAUAUCCCACUGGCUCAUCAAAUUUCAAAUUAUCCAACUGAAUUUGAGUAUGAAAAAUUGCCAGAACAAACAAUAUCGAUUCAACAAGAAGAAGAAAAGAGAGAUGAACCAAGCUUGAAAUCUAAAAUUACUGGAUUGUUUCAAAAGUCGCCAUCACAUUUGGAUUAUCCAAUCUCGGAAACUUAUGACGGCCCACUCGAAAAUACCACAAAAGCUUCGAAUAUUGAAGAUAUCCCACUGGCUCACCAAAUUUCAAAUUAUCCAACUGAAUUUGAGUAUGAAAAAUUGCCAGAGCAAACAAUUUCGAUUCAACCAGAAGAAGAAAAGAGAGAUGAACCAAGCUUGAAAUCUAAAAUUACUGGGUUGUUUCAAAAAGUCGCCAUCACAUUUGGAUUAUCCAAUCUCGGAAACUUAUGA